UUUAAACAUUUAUAAAGAUGAUUCUGAUUACCUCAUGACUAAUCAAAUGAUUAAAAAACAAGUGAUCUUAAAAACCUAGUGUAGUAUUAAAAGACAAAAUUUUUUUUGAAAGAAUUCUCUCCAGUAUCAUUUUUAUUGUUAAUUUAUAACUGUAAGCUUUUAUCUUUAAACCUUACUAUAAACCACUUUUCACUGUAUAUGGAAUUACUGAGUUUACUGUAUGGUUCUUUGGAGUAAGUUGAUGUUACCUUAUAGGUUUUCCUAUAGUAGUAUACCUGCGGUACCCUAUUUAUAACUUCUGGCAGCUACCAAGCAUUGUAAUCAAACAGCUUAGUCAUAGACUGUUGCACAGUAAAAUCAUAAACGGCCCCUAAUGUUUAUUACAAGGUUAAAUUCCAUUUACUGGUGUAACAUAUCAUUGAUUGAACGCAUGCCACAUAGAACAGAAGAUCCAGAAAAGCAGAAGAUCCAUAAAUAUGAAAGACAUACUGCAAAUUAUUGCACUUCUCUUGGGUUUUUUGGCGUGUGGUUCAGCUGUAUUAUCUUUACAUAAUCACUACUGGAAAGUGUCUACAGAUGAUGAUAAUGUCAUCAUCACCGCCGACAUUUUUGAGAACCUCUGGAUGUCCUGUGCGGUCGACUCCACCGGUACUUUCAAUUGUUGGAAUUUUCAGUCCAUGCUCGCUUUACCAGGUUAUAUCCAAGCGUGCCGUGCAUUAAUGAUCACAUCCAUUGUGUUGGGCACAGUCGGACUGGUGGCAACUCUAGUGGGUAUGCAGUGCUCCAAAAUAGGAGGGGAAAAUUACGUAAUGAAGGAUCGGAUCGCUGGAGCUGGAGGUGUCUUCUUCAUACUCCAAGGUCUGUGUACGAUGAUUGCAGCAUCUUGGUAUGCUUUCAAUAUCACUCAGGAAUUCUUUGACCCACUUUAUCCAGGAAUAAAGUAUGAAAUCGGAGAUGGGCUGUACAUUGGUUGGACUUCGGCAACUAUGGCUUUAUGUGGUGGCAGCUGCUUGCUGUGUUCCUGUGGAAUACGCAGCAAACAAGAAAAUAAUGAAUCACAUCUUCAGAACUUCAGAUCAUACUCCUACCAGCCUCAAUCCAGACGUAUGGUACAGACUGUCUCUGCAACAUCCAGUGUCCCAUCCAGUCAAUAUGGGCUCAAAAUAUAUGUGUAAGAAACUUACUGAAUAACUGGGAUCAACAUCACAAAACAGAGAACACAUACAUAAUGAAAGACCCUUUUUAUGCAUUAUGGUCAGAAUCUGCUAUAAAGCAGAAAUGUGAAAUUUCUAAUGUAAAUAUUCUCUGAGGUCUACUGGAGAAUGAAGCCAUGGUAAAUAGGUUAUUGUAAUUUUAUUUCUGUCAUAAAAAGUAUUUGCAUACAGUAAAUGAAAGAUCGUUGCUAUCAAAUGCUCACAUCAUGUGUGCUUUUGUGUGUGUUCAUUCUGAAGCAGUAUGAUGCUGUGCUCAACUUUGAAUGGUUAAAUGCACUUGCACCUCAAAAUGUGUUUGUUAUGUGAAAUUACAGAGUCAUCUGGGCCCAU